AUGGGAGUUGCAAUUGUAAAUGUUUGGACAUACGUAGUAAUCAAUACUGCAGGAUAUAAUUACCGUUACUCUGUUGACGCCUCUGCAGUCAUUAGUGGAUGGACAAGAGACACACAAACGGUUCAAUUUCGUACCUUGUCUCCAGGCAGUGGAGUAGGUGUACCUAUCUACCAGUACUCUGCCCCCUAUUUCACCGGCGGGGCCGAUCGAUAUAUUCUGACGACCGAUGCAAACUUGGCUAGCCCUUGGACCAAGAUGGAUGUAAUUUUCGAUGCGUACACUACUCAAGUGACGGGAACCAUCCCAAUUUACCAGUAUCACUGUGGAACGCCAGCAAGAUACCUCUACACUGAGGAUCCCAACAUUCUACCAUCAACUUCUUGGGUCAAGGAUUCCGUGGCGUUUUACACUUACCCAAGACAACCGCCCACCCUUCCAAACUAUGCUCUCAAACUCAACGACGGUGAAAAAAUUGUGUGUCGAGCAAAUGUUGCCUACUCGUUUGGUUUUGAAGAUUUUUCAGUGACCACCCUCUUUAGAACAUCGGCAGUUGGAUCAUUGGUGUGUCGUAAACCUGCCGGUGGUAUGCCUGGAUGGACUUUGGUUCUUUUGGCCAACGGAGUGUUUAAAUUUUUGACAGACAAUGGCCAAGGAUACUUGUACGUUUCAACGGCAGCUACCAAGGCACUAAACGGACAAUGGCAUCACGUUGCAGCCAUCAGAAGAGGGAUUGAUUUGGAAAUUUGGUUUGAUGGUGUCAAACAAACGGUGACUGCUACCCAAACCGCCAGUUCGAUACCUGUCAAUGUCGGGAGACUUGCGACACCCUAUCAAAUCACAUUUGGAAACAACGAUCAAGUUCCGUCACAGUUUAUUGGAGAGAUGGAGGACAUAACCAUUUGGAACGUUGCCUUGACACAGACAUCGAUCACCAACACAAUGUUUAAUAUGGUCGAAGGAAAUGAACCUGGGUUGGUUGGAUACUGGCCACUAGACUAUAACCUCACCGACAAGUCUGCAACCGGAUGCAAUGGUGCUGGAGGGUUCAUUACAAAGUUUGUGCCAAUAUUCAAUGCAAAGUACGUUCAAGGUGCCAGUAACCUGUACAGUUUUGUUUCGGUUACCAAUCAAGCCACCUCGUCCAAAGCAGGCGAUACUGCAACUGCCUCACGUACCCAAGUUAUCACGGUCUCGAAUGGUGCUCCCACUUUGGUGAUUGGUCUCUCUUCAAUGACAAUCACGACGUUCCCUAUAGGAUGCAUCCUUACCGUUAGAGAUCCAGCGGGCAACAUCUACUCGGGGCCCCAAAACACACCAACCACCUACGUGUCAGUUGUCGGAAGCUCAAUCUAUCAGAUGGUUAUCAAGAAUCCAGCUCCGGGCGAUUGGACGACAACUAUCACUGCUCCAUUAAACAUUCCAUUCCAUCUUUGUCUCAGCACCAUCCCAAGCAAGGAUAUCAUACCGACAAUGCAACUAUCUCUUAUUCCAAUAUACAAGUUUGAUGAGAGCACUGGAGAUAUUCUGGAUGCUCCUGUUCUAGGAGGUCGAAUUAGACUUGUUGGUGGUUUUCUAAAAUCGGUAUUGCUUGCCGUGGCAUUGGUCGGCAUGACCAUCGUAACAGGGGUUCUCUUGGUUCUCCAACCAGAACUUCCCAUCGUCGGCCAGUAUGGUGUUGCUUACGCACUCGCAAUUGAUAUUGGGCUUGCCAAAGAAUUUGUAGACAGUCUCGACGAAAUAACAGUCACCACCGAUUCAACCGAACUAGCAGUCCUUGUAACGGGUGGCACCAAUCCUGUACUCGAUAAAUUGUUUGCACUCAUUUGGGGCAAAGUCGCAGUACAGGUAACGAUUGAUGGCAAGACGGUGAGCCGUGCCACCACAGACAUGUCUCUAUUCAUGGAUCGUAGAUCAAUGGCAAUCAAUGAUGACUACAAUCUGCAUCUCGAUAUUGGUGGUGAGGGAUUCAAUACAAAUAGUGGAUUCUCUGAUUCGAUCAAUGUCAACAUACACGCGAACACGACCUACCAAGUAGUGGGUGCAGACGGCUCGUAUGGCACACGUCCCAUCCCCUACAAUAUUAUCCUCCAAGAUUGGACCAAAAAAAUACCGCUCAAGGAUGCAACCAUCAACUAUAUCACACUUCAAAGUUUCAACUUGACCGACUUUAUGGUAUCGGAAAUUAGUCGGUUGUUGGUGCCUGGAGGAAAGGUUGGCUUGUGGUUGGAUCCAUCCUAUUAUCCACUAGUCCAAAAGUUGGCAACCCUCCUCAACACCACCGUCAAGUUUAGUUGCAGUGGUGUAUUGGGUGCAACUGUUUGCGGAGUUGAUUGCAUUGAUGAGUUUAAUGGUUUAUACUCGGGUGCACCGAUCUACAUCAAAAUGUGUCUCACCAAUCAAAGAGUAUCUGUAUCUCCCAAACAACAACUAGUAGAAGAAGAAGAAAAAGACAAUGAUUGGAUUUUACCUGCCAUCGAAUCAUCUCCAAUGCCAAGUGACCAAAUGCCAAGUAACAACCAAAACUCAUCAUCGUCAUUGCUCCCAGGCCAAGAUACGCCCAAUCCCGACUACGAUGAUAACAGUAUUGUUGGUGAUACACCUACUCCACAACCAGAUGAUGAUGAUGGUCAAGAAAAAGAUGAAAGAAGAGCUUCUAUUAUUCAAAGAAUGAGAAAUGGAUUUGAUUCCUUGACCGACGAUGAUAUUCAAUUCAUUGUACAACAAAGACAAUUAUUACAAAACAUUAAAUAA